AUGUAUAUUCAAAGGUCAGAGAUUGUGAUGCCAAAGCCGCGCUUCAUCAUCGGUGAAGGAGCGAAUGGCAAAGUGUACAAAGCAGAGUACGAUGAAAAACCAGUUGCCAUAAAAAUAAGCAAGGAAGACCGCAAAUCACUCGAAAACGAAUUUCGUAUUUACAGCCGCUUACGCGAACACGAAAACAUACUCAAAUUCUACGGUGUCAUGGAAGAUGAAAAGGGUUACUGGUUAGUCCUUGAAUACGCAUUCUACGGCACGUUGAAAUCUUACCUCCAAACAGAAACAGUUUCUUGGAAGACCAAAGCCCGAAUAGCCCAUGACAUUUGUCGUGGAGUUCAUUACUGCCAUUCACAGGCUAUUGUACAUUACGACCUAAAAACUGAAAACGUCCUUUUGACGGAAGACUUGAAACCAAAGAUUGCUGAUUUUGGCAUAAGUCGAAGCAGAACGCAACAUGUGUUGGAUGGUAGAAUCGGAGGCACAAUGAGUUGGAUUGCACCAGAGAGGGUAUGCGCUGAGCCAAAGAUGAGACGUUUCUUUAAAACACAGCCAAAAUUAUCGGAUGUUUAUUCACUAGGAUUGUUGUUAUGGUCAAUUGCUCUCGACGGAAAAACGCCAUACAGUGAACUCACAUAUGACCAUCUAAUAGCCGCAAAACGCAGUCGGGAUUGCAUCGAAAGUCUUCAUCGAGAACUUCCCAAUGAUACUCCACCUUCGUACGCACAAGCUUUUGCCGAACUCACACGCUAUAAUCCUUCAGAACGUCCAUCACUCGACUGGGUAGCAUACACGUUACGUCAAUGUUACGACGAGCACUUGACCAGUCUUCCUCUCGACAUUUCAUCCGUAGACGAAUCCCAUCUAAUCCCUCCUACACCGGUAUACACAGAUCUGGCCGCGCGUCCAGGAAUGCAUCAACGAUCAAGAAGCGAGAUACUAGGAGAAGGAAAUAAUCAGGCUGGGAUUAGGAUUAUUGUCAAUGAAAGCACGGUUGAUAGUACAUCUCACACGCUAGUAUCGCAAAAUUCGGCACGAUCUUCUGUGGUUAAUGAAGGGUCGAACGAUUCGAUACCGCCGACCAGUAAAGUCUGGAUAACUGUUGGACGAUCGUACUUUUUAGAUAAAUUUUAUGAUUACUUUCUCGAGAUUGAGAAACCCGGUUUCAGAAACAAGGUAUUGGAUUCGUGGAUUAAUGACAUGAAAAUAGUACCCUAUGCACUGUUUGAACUGGUGACCAGUGCCAAUAAUCAUGUGCACUGGGAAUCGGCCGCCAAGGAAAAUUCGGCCCUCGCUCUAUACAAGCUUGGACACCACAAUCAUUACUGCAACACCGAGCUAAGGACACCGGCCAGCGAGAAGCUGGCAUUUGAAUCGUUCCAACGUGCAGCCGAAAUGAAGCAUCUUCCGUCACAAAUGGAGCUUGCACAUUGUUACAUGUUGGGAGUUGGCACGCCGAUUCAAUCGAAAAAGGGUUUCCAGUGCAUGUUGAGCGCUGCCGAGGCUGGAUACGCAGAUGCUCAGUAUUGGGUUGGGUGGUGGUGUGAGAUUGGAAAAGGUACUCAGAAAAACGUGAGAAAAGCCAGAGAGUGGUAUACUCGAGCGGCAAAUAAUAGGUACGAUUUUGCGGCGAAUGAGUUGAGGCGGUUGGAGCGACAAAGGCGAUCGCAGUCAUGCGUGAUCUCGUGA